CACAGUGUUUCCAGUUGUUCACAUGAAAAACCUGAAUAAUCAUAGAUUUGAUUUGUUUUUACUAAACUGUAAUUUUCUUCAUUUGAUUUUAGAGACGAUUAAGAGUCAGCAGGGAGCAGCGCCCCCUGUAUCUGUGGAUGAGUUGUUACCUCUGUCGGUCUCCGACGCACAGCCUGUAGCACGCAACUACAUCGACUGCACCGAGUCCAAUGGUGAAGAGGAAGAUGAUGAGGAGGAGGAGGAGGAGCACGAGGACCAGGGGGACAUUAAACUGAUGAAGGAGGAGGUGACACAACCCCCAGUGGAAGAAGAGAACAAGAUGGAGGGAGAAAACAAAGAGACGCCGAAAUGGGAAGACUUCUUCACUGCAGAGAUGCCGACCGACAGCCAGAACAGCCACUCACAAUCCUGCUGCUCCAACGCCACCGCCUCCCCCGCCAAGGUGACCAGCUCACAGACGCCCGAACUGUUCAGUGACGAUGAAGAAGAAGAAACUCCUGAAAACCACGAAGCCUUCAGCCUGACCCUGUCCGCCUCCUUAUCCAAUCAUUCCUCCCAGAACAUGGACUCGUGUUUCUCCGACACCUUGAUCCUCCAGCGAGAACGAGGAGACGCCGGGACCAACGCAGGAUCUCAGAAGAAAGAGGAGGACGGUCUGAUCCUCCAAUCAGAGCCGGAGGAGCUGUCACAGUCUCAGGCGUCGUCAGACUUUGACAUUCCCUGCACGCCAGAGUCGAAGCCGCCACGACCAGACGAGCUGUCACAGCUGUACCAGACGCUGGCUUCAGGAGACGAAGACGUCAUCAGAUACGGAAGUAAGGGCUUUGCUUGACUGAGAUGAAGAUUCCUCCAUGUAUGUGGAUGGGACAUGAACCAAACAAAAAAAAAAGAACAAAAAACUUUUCUCAGGGACUAAAGCUUUCGUUAAAUUUCUUUUUUUUUUGUUAUCAGAUUUUCGUCCCUGUUUGUCUGUUUGUACACGAGACGACUCACAAAGUACUGGACAUUUCACCACGAAACUCGGUGGCAGGAUGUGGUACUGCUCCGGAAAGAAUUCAUUACAGUCUGGUGCGGAUCUCCUCAGUGAGGUUGUUCCUAAAGAAACUGUUGAAAAACUAAAUUCCUGGUUCCACCCCCUGAUCCAGAUUCGCCCCAAAAUGAAAUAAAUGUUCCCCGACGUCCUUCCACCGAGUUUCAUGUUGAUCCGUCCUGUAGUUCUGACGUAAUCUUGCAAACCAACAGGGAUGAAAACACAACCUCCUCGUUGGAGGUAAAUGCUGAUUAGUUUCCUGUCGAAGGACCAACAGCUCCACUAAUGAGCGACCGCAGCCUCCGCCAUGUUGGUGAUAAUCAUCCGAGUGAGAUUCAGUGGAACGGCUGCACAGCAUGCAGCAGAGCACGCCAGCAGAAACCUCCCAGAGGAGGCGUCAGCACCGUGCCGCCUCCUGGAGCUUCACAACAAACCGUCUCGGGUUUGUUUCCACGUCCUUGAAAACACACAAGUCUGUGAGCGGGUCGUCAGGGCGGCCAUGACAGUCUCUUACAGAGGACGCAGGGAGACGACGUCCUCCACUGCUGCCGGGUCACAUUUGAAACUCCUGAUGAGACCGAGGGUGUGAAAGACGCCUGCAGGGAUUCAUCUGCUCCUUCCUCUCCAUCGACAGACGUCAUCCCUCCAUCGCCGAUGUGUCGCACGCUGCAGUUCACGUGAAGAGAGAGAAGACGACAAGUUCAUUUCCAAGACAAAGUCAUUCUUUAAAACUGAUUUCAAUUGUUGUGACGAAGAAAACGAUGCACUUUACUCAAAGACAAUGUUAUGGUGUUUGUCGGAGCUGCUUUAAAAACACGUGAUGUUAUCACCUCGUUACGUUUUCACUCGUCUGGUUUUUAGUUUGCAGGAUUACGAUAAAACUUCUGAAUCGAUUUCCAUGAAAUUUAGUGACGAAGAGAUGAAGAGUGAUUCUCAUGUUGGUGCAGAGAUGCAGGAGUUUUGUUUUUCUCUUUCUUUAACACUGUUCUUGAUUUCUCUGAAUAAUUCAUGGAUCCUAAAAUAAACCUCAUAUUCUUCAUCCUGUGACCU